AUGUCAUCAAUAGCACCAGGAGGAUAUGGUGUACUACUAGGAUUUACAGCAUCAAUGAAUCCAAAUUUACCAAGAAUAUUUUUCAAAACUGUAAAUAAGAUUUAUCUACUCACUUUACUAUAUGGUACUACUAAUGCUACUGCUUGCACUGAUCUGAACCUUCCUGCUUAUCAAAUGACAAUUCCAAUUGAAGAUGUUUUUUGGAACUUUCCAAUAGUUUUGGAUUCCACUACAAAUACCAAUGUCCCAAAUAAAACUGAUUACACCAUAACAGUUCCUGAUGCAAUCACAGUUCCCAAUUUUAUCAUUGACUUAUUUGUAAUCCAGCAAAUAGUUAUAGAAUGUCAAAGAGUGUAA